AGUUGAGAUCCUCUAAACCUCACAGUUUAAAUUAUCCGACUGAGACUAACGACAACAGAUUUAAGGAUGGGGGAUUCUUUGAUGGCAGAGUUCGGGUCCGCCGCGUCCUUCCUGCGUAAACCAGAAAUGGAGCGCCUGGAGGCCCAGACUCGACCCUUUGACAUAAAGAAAGAGUGCUUUGUCCCUGACCCAGAGGUGGAGUAUGUCAAAGCCACGAUCACCAGCAGAGACGGAGACAAAGUCACCGCUCUCACUGAGUUCGGAAAGACUGUCACGGUGAAAGAGGCCGACAUCCACCCCCAGAACCCGCCAAAGUUUGAUAAAAUUGAGGACAUGGCGAUGUUCACCUUCCUGCACGAGCCCGCCGUGCUGUUUAACCUCAAAGAGCGUUACGCAGCCUGGAUGAUCUACACCUACUCGGGGCUGUUCUGUGUCACUGUCAACCCCUACAAGUGGUUGCCAGUGUACGAUCAGUCUGUUGUUAACGCUUACAGAGGCAAGAAGAGGACUGAAGCUCCCCCGCACAUCUUCUCGAUCUCCGACAAUGCCUAUCAGUACAUGUUGUCAGAUCGGGAAAAUCAGUCUGUCCUUAUUACUGGAGAAUCCGGUGCUGGAAAGACUGUGAACACCAAACGAGUCAUCCAGUACUUCGCCAGCAUUGCUGCUGUUGGCGGAAAGAAAACUGCAGCUGAAGAAAAGAAGGGGACCCUGGAGGAUCAAAUCAUCCAGGCCAAUCCUGCCCUGGAGGCUUUUGGUAAUGCCAAGACCAUCAGGAAUGACAACUCCUCCAGAUUUGGUAAAUUCAUCCGAAUUCAUUUUGGAGUCAGUGGGAAGCUUUCGUCUGCCGACAUCGAGACGUAUCUUCUGGAGAAGUCACGAGUCACUUUCCAGCUCAAGGCUGAGAGAGACUACCACAUCUUCUACCAGAUCCUGUCCCAAAAGAAACCAGAGCUGCUUGAGAUGCUGUUGAUCACUAAUAACCCAUAUGACUACGCCUUCAUCUCCCAAGGAGAAACAACAGUAGCUUCUAUCAACGAUGGGGAAGAGCUAAUGGCCACAGAUGAAGCCUUCGAUGUGCUGGGCUUCACCCAAGAGGAGAAGAACGGUAUUUACAAGCUGACUGGGGCCAUCAUGCACUACGGGAACAUGAAAUUUAAGAACAAACAGAGGGAGGAGCAAGCAGAGGCAGAUGGCACAGAGGAUGUUGACAAAGCCUCGUACCUGAUGUGCCUGAACUCCGCUGACCUGGUCAAGGGGCUGUGUCACCCCAGGGUCAAAGUAGGAAAUGAGUGGGUCACCAAAGGUCAGAGUGUCCAGCAGGUGAACUACGCUAUUGGUGCUCUGGCCAAAGCUGUGUAUGAGAAGAUGUUCCUCUGGAUGGUGAUGAGAAUCAAUCAGUCUCUGGACACUAAGAACGCCCGCCAGUACUUUAUCGGUGUGCUGGACAUCGCUGGCUUUGAGAUCUUUGACUUCAACACCUUUGAGCAGCUGUGCAUCAACUUCACUAAUGAGAAGCUGCAGCAGUUCUUCAACCACCACAUGUUUGUGCUGGAGCAGGAAGAGUAUAAGAAGGAGGGAAUCGUCUGGGAGUUCAUUGACUUCGGCAUGGACUUGGCUGCCUGUAUCGAGCUCAUUGAGAAGCCCAUGGGUAUAAUGUCCAUCCUCGAAGAGGAGUGCAUGUUCCCCAAGGCCAGCGAUGCCACGUUUAAAGCCAAGCUCUAUGACAACCAUCUGGGAAAAACACCCAACUUCCAAAAGCCCAGGGUCAUCAAGGGCAAACCAGAGGCCCAUUUCUCCCUGAUCCACUAUGCUGGAAUCGUUGAUUACAACAUUUGCAACUGGCUGGUGAAGAACAAGGACCCGCUGAACGAGACCGUGGUCGGACUGUUCCAGAAGUCGACGCUCAAGUUGCUGUCCAUGCUCUUUGUAGGCUAUGCCGGGGCAGACUCAGCUGGUGAGGAGAAAGCGACUGGAGGGAAAAAGAAGAAAGGCUCUUCCUUUCAGACUGUGUCUGCAUUGCAUAGGGAGAACCUGAAUAAACUCAUGACCAACCUGAGGUCCACUCACCCCCACUUUGUGCGCUGCAUCAUCCCCAACGAGACCAAGACUCCUGGGGCCAUGGAGAACCCCCUGGUCAUGCACCAGCUGCGCUGUAACGGGGUGCUGGAAGGCAUCCGGAUCUGCAGAAAGGGCUUCCCCAACCGGAUCCUGUAUGGGGACUUUAAACAAAGGUACCGCAUCCUCAACCCAAGUGCCAUGCCCGACGGACAAUUCAUGGACAAUAAAAAAGCAGCCGAGAAGCUCCUAGGAUCUCUGGACAUUGACCACACCCAGUACAGAUUUGGGCACACCAAAGUGUUCUUCAAGGCCGGCCUCCUGGGAACCCUAGAAGAGAUGAGAGACGACCGACUCGCUCUCAUCAUCACCAACUUCCAGGCCCGAUCACGCGGUCUACUCGCCAGGAUUGAGUUCCAGAAAAUUGUUGAGCGCAGGGACGCCUUGCUGGUGAUUCAGUGGAACGUGCGUGCCUUCAUGGGUGUUAAGAACUGGCCUUGGAUGAAACUGUACUUCAAAAUCAAACCUCUGCUCAAGUCAGCUGAGACUGAGAAGGAGAUGGCCAGCAUGAAGGAAGAAUUCCUGAAGCUCAAAGAGGCUUACGCUAAAUCUGAGGCCCGGAGGAAGGAGCUGGAAGAAAAGAUGGUAUCCAUUCUUCAGGAGAAGAAUGACCUACAGAUUCAAGUUCAAACUGAACAAGACAAUCUGUGUGAUGCUGAAGAAAGAUGUGAGGGUCUGAUCAAGAGCAAGAUCCUGCUUGAGGCCAAAGCCAAAGAGCUGACAGAGAGACUGGAGGAUGAGGAGGAGAUGAAUGCAGAGCUGACUGCUAAGAAGAGGAAGCUGGAGGAUGAGUGCUCUGAACUGAAGAAGGACAUUGAUGACCUGGAGCUCACCCUGGCCAAAGUGGAGAAGGAGAAACAUGCCACAGAGAACAAGGUUAAAAACCUGACUGAAGAGAUGGCAGCUCUGGACGAAAUCAUUGCCAAGCUGACCAAGGAGAAGAAGGCUCUGCAGGAGGCACACCAGCAGACCCUGGAUGACCUACAGAGUGAAGAAGAUAAGGUCAACACUCUGACCAAGGCCAAAGCCAAACUGGAACAGCAAGUGGAUGAUCUCGAAGGGUCUCUGGAGCAAGAAAAAAAGAUAAGGAUGGACCUGGAGAGAGCCAAGAGGAAGCUGGAGGGAGACUUGAAGUUGACCCAAGAGAGCCUGAUGGACCUGGAGAAUGACAAGCAGCAACUAGAGGAGAGAAUGAAGAAGAAGGACUUCGAGAUUAGUCAACUUAACAGCAAGAUUGAGGAUGAGCAGGUUAUGGGUGCCCAACUGCAGAAGAAACUGAAGGAGCUGCAGGCUCGCAUUGAGGAGCUGGAGGAAGAGCUGGAGGCUGAGAGAGCUGCUCGUGCCAAGGUGGAGAAACAGAGGGCAGACUUGGCCCGGGAGCUGGAGGAGAUCAGCGAGAGACUGGAGGAGGCCGGCGGAGCCACGGCAGCCCAGAUUGAGAUGAACAAGAAGAGGGAGGCUGAGUUCCAGAAGAUGCGACGAGACCUCGAAGAGGCCACACUGCAGCAUGAGGCCACGGCCGCCACUCUGAGGAAGAAAAAUGCUGACAGUGUGGCUGACCUGGGAGAGCAGAUUGACAACCUCCAGAGAGUCAAGCAGAAACUGGAGAAGGAGAAGAGUGAGCUCAGGCUGGAGCUGGAUGAUGUGGUCUCCAACAUGGAGCAGAUUGUCAAGGCAAAGACCAACUUGGAAAAAAUGUGCCGCACUCUAGAGGACCAGAUGAGUGAAUACAGGAGCAAAGCUGAGGAAGGACAGCGAUCCAUCAAUGACUUCACAAUGCAGAGAGCCAAGCUUCAAACUGAGAAUGGUGAACUUUCCAGACAGCUGGAGGAGAAGGACUCCCUGGUCUCCCAGCUGACCAGAGGUAAGCAGUCCAACGUUCAGCAGAUUGAAGACCUCAAGAGACAACUAGAGGAGGAAAUCAAGGCGAAGAACGCCCUUGCCCAUGCAGUGCAGUCUGCUCGCCAUGACUCUGAUCUUCUGAGGGAGCAGUAUGAGGAAGAGCAGGAGGCCAAGGCAGAGCUGCAGAGGAGCAUGUCCAAGGCCAACGCUGAGGUGGCCCAGUGGAGAACCAAGUAUGAAACUGAUGCCAUCCAGAGGACAGAGGAGCUUGAAGAGGCAAAGAAGAAGCUAGCUCAGCGUCUGCAGGAUGCAGAGGAAGCUGUGGAAGCUGUAAAUUCUAAAUGCUCCUCCCUGGAAAAGACUAAACACAGACUCCAGAAUGAGAUUGAAGAUCUGAUGGUGGAUGUAGAACGAUCCAAUGCAGCUGCUGCCGUUCUGGACAAGAAACAAAGGAAUUUUGACAAGGUGCUGGCUGAGUGGAAGCAGAAGUUUGAGGAGUCUCAGACUGAGCUGGAAAGCUCCCAGAAAGAGGCCAGAUCUCUCAGCACUGAGCUCUUUAAACUCAAGAACUCUUAUGAAGAAUCUCUCGAUCAUCUGGAGACCUUAAAGAGGGAGAACAAGAUUCUCCAAGAGGAAAUUUCUGAACUUACUGAGCAACUUGGUGAAGGAGGAAAGAGUAUCCAUGAACUGGAGAAAGCCCGUAAACAGCUGGAGCAGGAGAAGGCUGAGAUACAGACUGCUCUAGAAGAAGCUGAGGCCUCCCUGGAGCAUGAGGAAGGCAAGAUCCUCAGAGCACAACUGGAGUUCAGCCAGGUCAAAGCUGACAUUGAGCGGAAGCUGGUGGAGAAGGACGAGGAGAUGGAGACAAAUAAGAGGAACCACCAGAGAGUGGUGGACACACUACAAAGCUCCCUGGAGUCGGAAGCUCGAAGCAGGAAUGAGGCUCUGCGGAUAAAGAAGAAGAUGGAGGGAGAUCUGAACGAGAUGGAGAUCCAGCUGAGCCAGGCCAACAGGCAGGCAGCAGAGGCCCAGAAGCAUCUCAAGGGUCUCCAUGCCCAUCUGAAGGAUUCUCAAAUGCAGCUGGAUGAGGCACGUCGAGCCAACGAUGACCUGAAGGAAAACAUUGUCUUGGUGGAGAGACGCAACGCCCUGAUGCAGGCCGAACUGGAUGAGCUUAGAUCCCUGGUGGAGCAGACGGAGAGAGGCCGCAAACUGGCCGAGCAGGAGCUCCUGGAUGUCAGCGAGAGAGUUCAGCUGCUGCACUCACAGAACAAUAGCCUGCUGAGCCAGAAGAAGAAGCUGGAGGGCGACACAUCUCAGCUUCAGAAUGAAGUAGACGAGGCAGUGCAGGAGUGCAGGAACGCCGAAGAGAAGGCCAAGAAGGCCAUAACCGACGCUGCCAUGAUGGCAGAGGAGCUGAAGAAGGAGCAGGACACCAGUGCCCAUCUGGAGCGCAUGAAGAAGAACAUGGAGCAGACCAUCAAAGACCUGCAGCACCGUCUGGAUGAGGCUGAACAAAUCGCCAUGAAGGGUGGCAAGAAGCAGAUCCAGAAGCUGGAAGCCAGAAUUAAGGAGCUGGAGAAUGAAUUGGAAGUGGAGCAAAGAAAGAGCAGUGAUGCUGUGAAGGGAGUCCGUAAAUAUGAGAGACGCAUCAAGGAGCUCACCUACCAGACUGAGGAGGACCGCAAAAAUUUGUCACGUCUUCAGGACCUGGUGGACAAGCUGCAGCUGAAGGUCAAAUCCUACAAGAGAACUGCAGAGGAGGCUGAGGAACAGGCCAAUUCUAAUUUGAGCAAGUUCCGCAAGAUUCAACACGACCUGGACGAAGCCGAGGAGAGGGCCGACAUUGCUGAGUCCCAAGUUAACAAGCUGAGAGCAAAGAGUCGUGACGUUGGCUCCAAGAAGGGCAUGGUGGAGGAGUGAACCAAAAAGCGGAAAUGUCAGCAGCCAGAGGGGACAUAAUGAAGAGUGAAGCUCUCAGAUGGACCUUUCUGAAAAUCUCAUGAUUGCUAUGCUUUAGAUCAGUGUUUCCCAAUCCUGGUUGCCCUAUCACUCACACACCUGAUUGAAACUAAAGACUU